GAAUUAUUAAGUCCGCAAUGUUUACCUAAUUAGCCCGAAAAGAGUGAAUCACACCUGAGCGGGAGCGAGCGAGAGAGGAACAAGAUGGUAAAACUGCUACGAAAUUGAACAAAUCUUUGAUCGAUUUGUUGAAUAGAAGAAAAAAGAAAUCGCGUGAAUCAUAAAAGAAGUGAAGAAGAAGGCAAAGAAGGAUGCUGCCUACCUCGUCAUCGACAACAGGGCGCUCGGGUUCUCAUGCCCGACCCAAUUCUUUCCUCCCUCAGUACUUCCGCAGAAUAGUCAAGUGGCAACAAAUGGACAUUGAAUAUACUUUCUGGCAAAUGCUUCACCUAUGUACCUCUCCAAAAGUGGUAUAUCAACACACAAAGUAUCAUAAACAAACAAAGAACCAAUGGGCACGUGAUGAUCCUGCUUUUGUUGUGAUAUGCAGUCUUCUUUUGGCAGUUUCUACGAUAGCCUAUUGUGCUGCGUAUGAUCAUAGUGCAGGACAUGCUGUUUUUGUAAUUAUUUCAGUACUGCUUUUCCAUUUCCUGAUAACUGGGGCAGUUUUGGCUACAUUUUGUUGGUUCUUUACAAACAAUUAUCUUCGAGAAGAAGUUCCAAACAGCCAUGUGGUGGAGCAGAGGGUAGAGUGGUUGUAUGCCUUUGAUGUACAUUGCAACUCUUUCUUCCCAAUGUUUGUGUUGCUUUAUGUUGUGCAUUAUUUUCUAUUACCUCUUCUGGUAGCUCAUGGUUUCAUUCCUGAAUUGUUAUCAAAUUUGCUCUUCAUGGUGGCUGUUUCCUACUAUCAUUACCUCAAUUUUUUAGGCUAUGAUGGU